AUGCCUGAAACCCAGUUGCCCCCAGACUCCUUGUCUAAUGCACCUUCCACUCCCCUGGGCGCCGAGCAAUCGCUACAUCCUUCAGCUUCCAGUCUGCGCCUCCCAUCAGUAUCUUGUUUCGACACCCAAUCCGUAGAUCGUCCUCUCAACGUAUCUGAUGCCCUCUCGUAUCUUGACGCUGUCAAGGUUCAAUUCCACGACCAACCUGAAGUGUACAAUCACUUUUUGGACAUCAUGAAGGACUUCAAGAGUCAGCUGAUAGAUACACCUGGCGUCAUCCGACGUGUAUCACAGUUGUUCAAUGGCCACCCAGCGCUUAUCCAAGGAUUCAACACGUUCUUGCCUGUCGGUUAUCGCAUUGAAUGCUCUUCUGAUCCUCAACAGUCUGCAUUCAUUACAGUAACGACACCGUCAGGUACCGUAGUCCAGUCUACCCAUGAAGACUUGCCGGGGCCCAGUGGUAGUACCCAGUGGCCGACAUUCACUCAUCUUAACGGCCCAGGGGGGAGCAGCACCAUGGGAACGGCCCGGACCGAUAGCCUUCCAUCUGAUUCGAUCACUUAUGGCGUGGACAGCGUUUCGAUCGAGCCCGCUGUACAGUACGUGCAGAAGAUUAAGCAGCGGUGCGACGAAGGGACGUACCGCCGUUUCUUGGAGAUCUUAGGGAGGUAUCACAAUAGCAUGGCAGAUGCGGUUGACGAAAGAGAGGUUUCAGCCGAAAUUGCCAGGCUUUUCAAGGAUGAUCCGGAUCUACGUUCUGAUUUCCGCAUAUUCAUGCCGGAGAAGAGUCAAGCACUCUUCGAUGAAACAGAAGAGACUUUCCUAGCGGUCGCUCCAUCCGAAAGGCGCACGAGAUCAAGCACCCCUUUGGAUGGAAGAUCUAUGAGGCGUAAAUCAGACAUAUCCUUGACUGCUGUUGCGGAAGCUGCAACUAUUCCUCAAAAGAGAAAACGCAGAGCCAACGAGCGCGAGAGGGACACCGCUUCUAAAACCAAUUUACCUAGGCCUAAACAAGCCAACGGAGAUGGUUACGAACCCAUCGGGUCGCCGACAUACGGGACCCACUCAACGAUGUUCAACCCUCCCGGUAUUGGCCUGGACGAGACGCACUUCUUCGAUCGCGUCAAGCGUGCAAUUAACAAUCGUGAAGCGUUUAACGAGUUUUUGAAACUUGUGAAUCUUUUCACACAAGAGCUAAUUGAUACCGCUCGACUGGUCCGCGAGGCCCGUAAUUUUCUUGGUGAUGGGGAUUUAAUGCGCCAGUUUCGCGAAAUAUUAUGUUGGGAUGAUCGUCGAGAAAGAGAACGCUGGAUACUGGAAGAACAGCAGCAGCAGCAAGCGUGGGCUAGGGCACAGGGCCAGAGCAUACCUAACAUGCCACUCAGGCCUGGUCGCAUCAACACUGGUCUACAACAAGGGAGUUACCGGAGGAUACCAGCAAGCGAGGCUCAUGUGGCGUGUUCUGGUCGGGACGAGAUGUGCCGGUCCGUGCUGAACGAUGAGUGGGUUUCACAUCCAACCUGGUCCAGCGAAGAUUCCGGAUUUGUGGCCCACAAGAAGAAUGUUUACGAGGAAGCCUUGCACCGUAGCGAGGAAGAGCGUCACGAGUACGACUUCUACAUUGAAGCAAUCGUACGGACUAUCGCUAUGUUGGAACCUAUUAACAGCAAGAUCGCGCAGCUCAGUGUGGAGGAGCGAGCUGGAUAUAAAUUGAAGCCAAAUUUGGGUGGUUCUGGGAAGAGCAUCCAUCAGAGGAUUAUUAAGAAGAUAUACGGUCGGGAAGCUGGUCAGGAGGUUCUCCAAGCAAUGCAGGAGACACCAGCUUUGGCGAUACCUGUCGUUCUCGUGCGUCUGAAGGCGAAGGAGGAAACGUGGAAACGUGCGCAGAGGGAAUGGAACAAGGUUUGGCGUGCGGUAGACGCUCAGAAUUACCUGAAGAGUCUCGAUCAUCAAGCUAUUCAUUUCAAAAUGGCAGACAAGAAGGCAAUCACCACAAAAGCCUUCAUAGGCCAGAUCGAGGCUGCCAGAGACGAACAGAUGGACAAACGGUCGUCAUAUAUUGACCCGCUCUUCGCGCGUACACACCCGAAGCACCAGCUGGCCUUUGAGGUUGGGGACAUGGCCGUCUUGCAGGAUGGUGUCAAGAUUACCUUGUCACUGCUGGACCGCAUGCAAAACCAGGUCAACGUUGCAGAUCGCAAGAAAAUAGAAGGAUUUUUACGCACUUUUGUGCCUCUUUUUUUUGCUAUUGAUCCUGAUGCCUUCAACCAGACACUUCUGGUCACUCAGGAUGUUGGCGACAACGAGACGGGUGACGAGAUCAGCAGUGUAGCUGAUGAUGCCGACACUGCAAGUGCGGCAAGUACAAGUUCUCGCGCGGGAAGCAGAGGCCGGAAAGGUGGUGGCGUAUCUUCCGGUGAUCUCAGGAAGAAGUUGCUGAAAAGCGAGCAAGCCAAGUCUUCUAACAGGAAGAACCGCGGACAGGAUGGUACCUCUCCAGCGGCUUCAAGACCCGUUUCGCCUGGCAUCCUAGACAACAUACGAGGCGAUGAAGGUGAUGCUAAUGGGGAGCCAAGUUCACAGACGCGUCCCGCUUCGAGAAAGCACGUUUUCCACAGUAACAAUGUAUGUUAUGUAUUUCUACGUCUGCUGGAGGUGGUAUACUCCCGCCUCUCAUAUUUCAAGAACCUUGGCGCUUCAAUGGCCGAUGAACCAACAGGUGGGGCACCUGCAACCAAGCUAUCUCCCAUCGCCGAAAUCCCCCAGCUGGACGAGCGCGCUGCUCACGCGGAACAUUUCUAUGAUCUGAUGCUUGAAUCGUGUGAGAGGUUAUUCGACAAUGAAGUUGAGCAGCAUGUCUUCGAAGAACAGAUGCGAUAUAUAUUUGGUGUCAAGCAUGCAUACCGAAUAUUCACUAUAGAUAAAGUGGUUGGAACGUUGAUUAAGCAGGUCCAACUCGUACUCGCAGAUCCACGAAGUCAGGAGCUUCUGGAACUUCUGAAGCGUGACAGAGCUCUUCCUUUACCCACCAACCAGGAUCAGCUGAAUAGUCGCCGCUUGGCAGAGAAUAUUCUGGGCCCUGACGAGAACGUGUAUAGGAUUGACUGGAUCCAGUCGACAAAAACAAUGACGAUCCAACUGCUUGGGAAGGAUGACUCGAUCGCGUACGACGCGGAGAUCUUAGCUGAGCGAUGGCAAGCGUACAUUGACGCAUAUGUAUCGGAAAACGCGACUCGCGGGCUCCCUUCCACGGGUCUGAGAGGACCAUUCUUACAAAAAAAUCUACCUUUGGAUGCGAAGCCAACACCCGACCUGACAGCACAAGGGACGUUGGAAAUACGAGUCUGCAUUCGGACGUACCGUCUCUUCUAUGUUCCUGGCACGGAGGACUACUUGCACCGCAGGUACCAGGAUGUGGAUGGCCUAGAGAAGAGAGUUAGGAAAGCGAAGGAAAAGCGAAAACGAUGGUUGGACAGGGUAAAGGCUGGCGAGGACUGGUUGCCCAUACCUGCACGGACGCAAACCCCUAUACCAGAGCAGUUACAACAAUCUUGA